AUGUCGGAUUCUUUACACCCUACCGACUGGGAAUCAACGAUCAACAAAUAUCAACAAAUUGAAACGGUCACCAUUGAAAAGCUACAAUCAACAAUACCAGCGUUGGAAAGAUUACAAGUUUCUCUUAGAGAACGUGGGAAAAAAUUCACAAUUGCAAACACAGCGGCGAAUGCAACAACUUUGGGGCUAUCGGUUGCAACCGCCAUUUUGACAAUAAGCAUUCCAUUUACACUCGGCGCCACAGCUCCAUUUGCCUUAGCCACCGGUGUUGUGGCUGUUGGCACAGGUGUAACCUCUGUCGGAAUCAAUAUAGCUGGGAACAUUGAUGAUGCUCGCGCUUUGACAGACGAAAUUCAAGAAGUGUUAACGAUUCCGAUCACCGGAUUGAGUCUGUACAAUGAGCGUGUUGCGGAGCAGAGGAGAGAUGAGAUUGUCCGAUUACGAGAGAUGUCAAAUUCGAUAGAAUAUGCCAGCGGAUUUGCGGCACGUGGUUUACUUGAAAUAGCAACAAGAGCGCUGCCACGUCUCGGGCUAGCCGCUGCUGGUGUCGUCUUAUCAGCCGCCACCGAUGCUGUCUUUUUGGGUAUCAACAUACGCGAUUUGAUCACAGGAGACACGAGCUUUCGAGCAAAUCAAUUAGAGAAGCUCAUCGCUGACGUUAAGGAUCUGAUUGAUUGGAUUCGGGAGGAUGUUCAAAGGCGACGAGAGAUCUACUUUCUCGAAGAGUUCACGAUAGGAUCUCUUGAAUCUUUAGUAGCUUCUUUGAUGGAAAUGAGUAAAAUGCUUAAGUUGGUGAGAACAGAGACGGGGAAACCUGUUUGCAUGGACCUCUACUUCAAUGAAAUCCUUAAAAAGAUCGAAGACAUGCCGAGCCUCGUCGUCGGGAUUUGCGGCGUUCAACGGACAGGCAAAAGCUUUUUGCUUGAACUACUCCGAAAAGCCAUUCUCGACACAGGCAUCUUGGAUGAUCCAAAAACAAAAAUUGGGGAACCACAAGGCAUUCGAUAUUUGUUUGGCAAAAAACCGUGCACUCAAGACAUCGAAAUUUGGAGUGAGCCCUUUAUUUUCCAAGCAACAAAUGGUCAAAAGUGGGCCAUUUUGUUAUUGGAUGCGCAAGGACUUUUUGACGAUCGAACACCUCCAGAAGUGAACACGUUUAUCACUGGUUUCUUGGCAAUGUUUUGUGAUAUUCUGGUGUACAACGUGAAGGAAUUCAAUAUGAAUGAUUUGAAGAAUUUAACAGAACCAGUUGCAAUGUGUGACGAAAAGGAUAAACCUUUGACCGAAAAAUCGAUUAUCUAUAUUCUCGAUCGAGACGCUGUGGAAGCCUUUGGACAUCAGUCUGACUACUUUACCCAGGAUACUAUCCUCGCCAAUUACAAACACGAAUCAGAGGUGCUCAGAAGUACAUUUUCUGCCAUUCGACUAAUUUCGUUCCCUGAGCCGCCACCUUUUGUAAAGAAAGCCUCCUAUUUCAUGCCGAUCACUCUCGGAAAUGGCUCGUCUACAAUCGACGAAACGAUGUCCCUGUAUUUGGGCGUUUUCAAAGAGUUUCUGCAUUUGUUGAAAGGCGAUAUCAAAGAGAUGCAGCGACAUCGUCCAAAAGGUCGUUUCCUUCAUUUCAAGACUUUCGCCAAAAAUGCCAGCCAACUGAAGACAAAUGAUGUUCGAAAGAGUUAUGAGAUGUUCUGGCAGCUGAUUGCCAUGCAAGCAACCACCGAGGCCUACACCAAAUUUAUCGCUCACGUCAUUGAAAUUCAAGACGGGAAUCUUCAAAAGAAUUUCCAAACCCUCAAACAACUGCAAGAAGAGGCAGACCAGCUAAUUCGAGAAAGACUGCAAGAAAAACCAGAUGAGUUUGUGGCUGAAGAAAUCCUCAAGUUUCAUAAGCUCUGUCAGCCCCAACUCGAGAAGAAAGUUGAGCAACUGCGCCUUCUCGCCUACGAGGCGAUGCUUGUCGAGCUUUGCGCAGCGCACAAGCAGCAAAUGAAAAGCCUUCGCGGAGCUGUUUCUGAGGUGCAAAACGUGCACAACGCUUUCAAAGCCGAGCUGAAAACAAAGCAACGCGAACUUAAAGAGGCUGCCUUUGAAAAUCACGAUUUGAGCCAACCAGCAAUGACGAAACUACUCUUCAUCACACGAGAAGCCUUUGAGGAGUGUUUGGGGUCAUCUCGUUUAAUCAAAAUUCGAGAUGCGUUCACAGAUUUUGCAAAGCAACUUGCUCGUCGAGGAACCGAAAACAUUUUAAAAAUCGCCAAAGAGCUCGAUCUUUGGGGAAAAGAGAAACCCGAGUUAAUUCAUCGUUCUUUUAAUGGAGAGCUCAAUAGGAUCAAGCAGGAAUUCAAAGUGAAAAAAGACGAGAUUCUCAAAGCAAACCCCUCUGUGCACAAAGAGCUCACCAUCAACAUCAUCGUCGAGGUUUACGCGAAUGAGGUCUUCCUACCGAUUCAGCAAGCAAUGGCUGAAGCGACAAAUCUCGUAAAUCAGAGGUGGAAAGAACAUCUUACCAGAAAAGCUAAGAAAUCUCGCUUUGCCGAUUAUCUGACGCUACUCCUUCAAGAUAGUGCUGAGCCAGCU